AUGUCCGCUGACGAGCCCCCCAACAGUAUCAAAACUGGCCAAUCCAAACCGCAACAGCCGCAUCGCGGUUGGCGAUUCUGGUUGAUUUUUUUGGCUCUAUGCUUAUGCACGAUAGUUGCUGCACUGGACAUGGGAUCGAUGGCAACAGCACUUCCUGUGAUAGCACAUGAACUCGGAGGAACUCAAUCGUUCGUUUGGGUCUUGUCGGUCUACCCUCUAGCGAGCGCUGCCAUCAUACCUCUCAGCGGACGACUUGCCGAAGUUUUUGGAAGAAGACACAUCAUACUUUUCUCGUUAUUCGUGUUCGCUGUUGGGUCACUUGUUUGCGCCGUUGCUCAUACCAUGGCCAUGCUCAUCAUCGGACGAGCUAUUCAAGGUAUCGGCUCUGGCAUCAUCCAGACUCUCACAACGAUCCUCUCUAACUGGAAUGUGGGAUGGGUUGGCCCUUUCGUCGGGGGUGCCAUUGUAGAAAAAACGACUUGGAGAUGGCUUUUCUAUAUCAACCUCCCUAUUUGUAGCCUCGCGUUUACUGUCGUAUUCAUUUUUUUCCACAUGAAGCGACCCGGACGGCAGUCGUUCAAGCAAUACAUUGUCGCUAUGGACUUGAUAGGGAACGCGAUGAUCAUCCUCUCCACAACAUCGUGUAUUCUGGCCUUGACGUGGGGAGGUGUUCAACAUCCCUGGGUAUCUGCCCAGGUUCUUGCCCCCUUAUUCAUUGGCAUUCUCGCUUUGGUCUUAAGCAUCGUAUACGAAAUUCGUUUUGCAUCUCAUCCAACUAUUCCAUUCCAACUCCUUGCCAAUCGUACUAGUCUUAGUGGCUACUUUGGCUCCUUUGUACACGGAUUUGUGAUAACCUGCGUAACAUUCUACCUCCCGGUUUAUUUCCAGGCAGCCAAAGCGCUGCCGCCGCUUCUAUCAGGCCUAUACGUGUUUCCAACGGUAAUCGUGAUAUCUCCUUCAGCCGUGGUCCAAGGACUCUUCAUCGCGAAAUUCGGCCAUUAUCGAAACAUCAAUCUCAUCGGAUGGUCGAUGAUGCUCUUAGGGAUUGGCCUACUCUCUCUUCUCAAACCCUUGACACCGAUCGGAGUAUCCGUCCCUUUUCAAAUAAUCGCGUCAAUUGGAUUCGGCUUCCUAUUCGCUACCACUUUCGCGGUUCUGGCGCCCCUCGACGUCACGUUGAAUGCAGCAGCAUUGGCUUUCUUGACUUUCAUCAGGACUCUCCCUCAGCCCUGGGGUGCGACGAUCGGGGCAACUAUAAUUCAAAACGAUCUGAAGAAACACCUGCCGCCAGUCUUCGUCAAGCAGUUUACGUCGGAUAGUGACUUGACCUACGUGGCUAUUCCGACCAUCCCUCGGCUCGACCAAUCGUUACGCACUCAAGUUGAAGAUGCCUAUGCGCGCAGUCUCCGCUUACUUUGGCUCGUAAUGCUCGGUCUUUGCGCCGUCGGAUUCCUUAGUGUUUUCGCUCAGGAGGAAAUUCCGCUGCAUACCCAGCAGGACAGCAAAUGGGGCAUGAAAGACCUGCCGAAGCAAAGUGCCGAAAUCAGUAAGGCAGUGGGAACGCUCUUCGAGAAGGUCGAAGAGAAUGUCAGCGUCGAAGAGCCUGCUCCGCCGCCGACAACGACUGGAGAUGUUUGA